AUGCAGCAUAAGACUUUCUCUGAAUUACAAUAACCUUUGCUUUAAGGGUAAAUAAAUACCUAAACCUAAGUGGAUGAUACAAAGAGCAAAAGUUUAUUGCCCUUAGAAUAUCAAUGGAUACUAGAUAAGCACAAUGAAACUGAUUAUUCUAAGGUUGAGAAUAGGAUUAAAAACAUUCCAUUCAAAUUGAAUAAAGAUGGUAUAAGUUAUACAGUAGUGCAAUUAAUAAUGAUACUUCAUAGAAACUAGCUCAUGCUAGAAUAUUACUAUAACCAUGACGUUAAAGAUAGAUAUGUUGAUUUCGUUGAUUUCAAAACUUUAUAGAGUGAAAAGACUGUUUUGAUGAAGGGGGUUUUUGAAAAGAGUAAAGUAUUUCAUAGUCUUUACAAUGAUGUCGACUAUAUUUUUUAUCAAGAGGAUCACUAUAUUUAUAUUGUGAAACUCGAAGAUUUUGAUAGAAAAAAGCAAGAUUUGUAUCUGAUUGAAUUAUAAUUCGACAUGAAGACAGAAUUCCAUAAUGCAACUAUCAUAGAUAAAUUCAGCAUCUUAAUUUCGUAUGGAUAAAGUCCAAGUGUUGGAAAUUUCUAUCAGUUUUAUAAUUAAGAUUAUAGUCAUUAGAGUUACCAAAUCAGUGGUUACAUUAUUUUCAAUCAAACUAAAUAAUAUUAACAAUAAUAAGCGUCUAUCUUAGUUGAUAAGAAAUCUCUUUAAAUAGUAAGGAAAGUUGAUAAACACACUUAUGCUAUUAAGCAUUUAGAGUUGUAUGAAUAUGUUUUUGAUUCAGAUUUCAAUAUUUACGAUUCUAAUUAUCAUGAGGGUCAAGCCCCUAAGUAACUUCAGAAGCUCUAUCACUCAGGCAUUGAAUGGAUGUAUAAGAUAGCAACUACUUCGAAUAAAUUUAUUAUCUUUUGUGGUAACCGAACUUGUAUAACUCAAACUAAGAUGAAAUGA